CGAGGUGUAGACUGUCGUUCCUCGCCGCCAGCCCUGGAGGGAUCGUAUCGCAAGGUUUUGUGUGAAAUUUGGGGAGCGAAUGCCGCGAAUCUCCAAGGAUUUUUAACGUUGUCGAGUCGCUACUUAGAAGAUGGUGAAGCAUAGUGCGUGUGGAAGCAGACGCGAAUCGGCCUUGAAGAUUCCCAAGCUCGAUUUUCAAUCUGGAGGGGGAACAAGUUGACAAAUGGUUGACUGCAAACCCUAAAUCUUGACCACAUGCCAAUUCUUUGGAAAGGCACCGUGGUCGAAGACGCUCGCCGUUGAGGUUUGGUGCUCCUUCUUGACUGUGCAAUAGGCCUUGAAGGUGUAUGAUGAUGGGACUGAUUGAUCAAUUGAAGACCUUAAAAUUCUGGUUUACGUGCGCUUGAAUCAUUCAUAAGGUUUCCAAUCAGCGCACAAGAACCUGAACUCUGAGAACACCGCAGCCAUGGAGGUUAUCAGAGAGAAGCAAGCAAUGCGAGACUGGACUCGCGCUCAACGGAAGGCUGGAGAGCGCAUCGCCUUCAUACCAACGAUGGGGUAUCUUCACGAAGGUCAUUUAUCUCUAGUUCGGGAGGCCAAGCUGCAUGCCACAAAGGUAGUAGUAUCAGUGUACGUGAACCCCGCACAGUUUGCACCAGGUGAAGACCUGUCCACCUACCCUCGGGACUUUGAAGGCGACCUUAAGAGGCUUAAGCCUCUUGACGUCAAUGUCGUCUUCAACCCAUUUGAUCUCUACAAUCGAGAUUCUUCCACUGAAAACUUUUCUGGGCAUGAGACGUGGAUCCGUGUAGAGAGGCUGGAGAAGCCUCUCUGUGGGAACGACAGGCCUAUAUUUUUCAGGGGAGUUGCCACGAUCGUUGCCAAGCUAUUCAAUAUUAUUGAACCUGACGUUGCAAUUUUUGGGAAGAAAGACUACCAACAGUGGCGUGUCAUCCGUCGGAUGGUAAGGGACUUGGAUUUCGCAGUCGAAAUUAUUGGAUGCCCAAUUUCGCGGGAGGAGGAUGGGCUUGCAAUGAGUUCUCGGAACGUCCGCCUGUCUGCAACUGACCGGCAAAAUUCUCUUUCAAUCAGCCGGUCGCUGCGAGAGGCAGAAGAAGCGGUGAAAUCUGGCGAAACCGACGCGAGGGUCUUGGAAGAGCUAGUACUGAAGGCCAUCACAUCUGCAGGAGGGUCGGUAGACUAUGCAAAGAUAGUCGACCAAGAAACGCUACAAGAGGUGAAGACUGUCGAGUUCCCAGUGGUGUUUGCUGUGGCCGCACGGUUUGGUUCGGUCCGCUUACUGGACAACAUGGAACUUCAACCCCCAUCUCUACCUCCGAGUAACCCAGUUUCUCCACAACCAACUCCAGGCCCUAAACUUGGGCAUGAGAUUGUCUUCUUUUGAGAUAAAUCCUGUGUAUUGAACUUCCGCUCUAUUGUCUACAUGCCGCUGCGAACUUGAAAGAGCCCAUGUCUGGGUGUUCAACAAGCAAUCGUUGGCCAAACAAUGGAGCUGUUGACCAGAUUUCAGUUCCUUCCAUUUGACAAACAAAAAAUUGAAUUUUCCUGUGGUUGUUUAUUUAGAGAAAUGUGGCACAGUAGAAUUGAACGGUUCAGUUGCAUACUGUUCAAUUCGAGAAUUGUAUACAACAAAUUGAAAUAAAAUUCCUUUUUCACAAUUAUUCCUGAA